AGAAGGUUUUUCUUCAAAAUUUCCCUACCUUGAUAAAGAAAAUAUGGUGACACUUAAUGCAACUGAACUUGCUCUCGUAAUGACCCAAGAAAUGACCAGACACGAAGAACUAGAAGAAUCAACUCGACUUAAAUUGUCAACUUUACCAAGUGGAUGCAUUGUUGCUAUUUAUUGUGAAAACUUAACUUCAAAAUGUCCAAAUAAAGGAACCAUUAAUCAUGAAAUGGUUGUUCCUUUAUGUAUUUGGAAAGGAAAAAAUACUGUUCGUCCUUUUGUCUCAAAAUCGGAGAGAAUUUAUUUUCUCAGAAUCUGUGGAGGUGAUACAAAGGAAUUAGAGGCAACUGAACUAAAAAAGUUUCAAGAUAAACAAGAAAGGAAACAAGCAAGACUGAAUGAGCGGAACCAAAAACAAGAACAAAACGAUUUGAAAGAAAAAUUGGAGACAAAUCAGGAUCUUGAUUCAAAAACAGAAAACACAACUUGUUAAUAACACUUUUUUGCAUUAAAAUUUGACAAAAGUUUCAAACAAAAAUAUUUUACUACAAUU